AUGCAGAUCCAGAGGUGGUUGACCACUGGAUUUGCAAGUUGGAAAAAGAUAUUCUCAGUUCUAGGUUGUUCAGAGGAGCGAAAGCUCACCUAUGCAGUGUGCUUCAAGAAGGCCUUCCUCGAGAAGUACUUCCCAGUGAGUGUCAGGCAUGCUCGGGAGGCAGAGUUUAUGAUAUUACAACAAGGGGGAAUGUCGGUGACUGAGUAUGUAGUGAGAUUUGAGCACUUGGCACACUUCUACACCCAAGCCAGCUCUAAGGCUUGGAAGUGUAGGAAGUUUGCUGAAGGCUUGAAGUAUGAUUUGAGGAGAGUGGUGGUGCUUAUGGCCAUCAUGGAGUUUCCAGCCUUGGUAGAGAAGGCGAAGGUUAUAGAGCGGCUAGAGAGCGUCGGCAAGCCGACGAAGAUUGUUGGUGGACCAGUUGGGUCCAAGAGUGGUGGUGGUCCUCAGAGGAAGCCUUAUGGUAGGCCCUAA